AUGCGAUUAUUUGUUCCUAACCAGUACACUCGCGCGCGGCGUCACCCGCUGUUAGCGGAACGCGGCGCGCGCACGCGGGCGCACGCACAGGCGCCGGUCGCGCGCGCGCACGCUCUACUCAACUCCGUGCUCGAGGCACACCCGGAGUGUGACUUGUUUGCGAGUGCAAUCGGACGACUGAUGACUGAGUGUAAGAGAGUGAUAGAGCGAGAGAUGUCUGGUGGCCAAUUCCUCAGGUACAAAGAUGUACUUAAGCGGCACAUGAAAAAGUGUCGUAUAGAGCCCUCGCGAUGGGAGCAGCAGGCAGCCAUACGAAUGGAGUGGCGGGCUACUGUAAAUGCCAAAGUAGCUGAUUUCGAAGCUCGUCGGCGCUUAGAGCUGGACGCCAAGCGCGACGAUAUAAAAGCCAGACCACCCGCGGCUACCAAGAUGUUUACUAAGAUUGCAAUCAUCGCUGCCUGCCUAUUCGGCUUAGCCUACGCUGGUGUUGAAUAUAACAUUGGCGCUGGAUUUGGCUACGGUGCUGGCUACGGAGCUGACUAUGGUUCUGGGCUAGGUUAUGCUGGCUACGGAGGCUUGGGAUACGCCCACGCUCAGGCGACUUCGCAAGUACACCGUGUUGACUACAACACUGGCUACGGUGGCUACGGAUCUGGCCACGCUGGUUACGGAGCUGGCUACGGUGGCUACGGUGUUUUCUACGGUGCUGGUUACGGUGAUUACGGUGCUGGCUACGGUGGUUUAGCUGGCUAUGGUGGUUAUGGACGCGGUCUCCAUGGUGGCUACAGCAGUUGGUAA